UUGGUCCUCUCCGGGAUGCCGUAGGCAUCAGCUGAUUGGUCCAGCUCACGUGACUGCAGGGGCAUUUGGUUGGAGUCAUGGCGCCCUCCAGGCCCCUGUCCCGCUUCUGGGAGUGGGGGAAGAAUAUCGUCUGCGUGGGGAGGAACUACGCGGACCACGUCAGGGAGAUGCGCAGCACGGUGCUGAGCGAGCCCGUGCUGUUCUUGAAACCGUCCACGGCCUACGUGCCCGAGGGCUCGCCCAUUGUCAUGCCCGCGUACAGCCGCAACCUGCACCAUGAGCUGGAGCUGGGCGUGGUGAUGGGCAAGCGCUGCCGCGCAGCCCCCGAGUCCGCGGCCAUGGACUACGUGGGCGGCUAUGCCUUGUGCCUGGAUAUGACCGCCCGGGACGUGCAGGACGAGUGCAAGAAGAAGGGACUGCCCUGGACUCUGGCCAAGAGCUUCACGGCGUCCUGCCCGGUCAGCGCGUUCGUGCCCAAGGAGAAAAUCCCUGACCCUCACAACCUGAAGCUCUGGCUCAAGGUCAACGGCGAGCUGAGACAGGAGGGUGAGACAUCCUCCAUGAUUUUUUCCAUCCCCUACAUCAUCAGUUAUGUUUCUAAGAUCAUAACCUUGGAAGAAGGAGAUAUUAUCUUGACUGGGACGCCAAAGGGAGUUGGACCCGUUAAAGAAAACGACGAGAUCGAGGCUGGCAUACACGGGCUGGUCAAUAUGAGAUUUAAGGUGGAAAAGUCAGAAUACGGAGGUAUUUCUUAAGUUUCACGAGGGAAAGGAGCCAGAUAAAAGCAAGCAAGAGCUUUAAAUGUCACAAUCUUUUAAUAAAAAACCAAUUAUUUAAAAAAUGAUUAGAUUGCUAUGCCUCAAUUCCUAGAAGAUGGACUCUUCAAGAAAACAUGAAGUAGAACGAAUGGGCCAGCAAUUAACACUGCCAAAGUAUUUCUUCGGAACAGAUUUUAUGAAACCAAAUGUUAAAAACAGUUUCCUUUUGUAAAAAUUGGAGAAGACUUUUCAGUGGGUUAUCUAUAGGAUGAUCAGUAGUUCAAGACUUAAAAACUGCAGAGAAAAACGGAAAGUUAUUUUGCAGGUAACUUUCCAGUGUUUCCCACAUUUUCUCAGACUUGGUAAUCAGGAAGAAUUUGUAAAAAUCAAAAUUUCCAAAUUACUGGCCCAUCCCAGAUUCACCGAACCAAUUUGAUGGGAUUAAUCUCUGGUGAAGUAGUGUUUAUAGAGCACUCCAAGUGAUUCCUAUCAGGGAAAUGUGGAAAAACACUGCUGUACAGAAUCAGUUUAUUUAAAAUUGUACUUAGUAAGUGAACAGUUAAUGAAGAUUUCACCUGUUUACUUAGAGUAUCUACCCAGACCCAUUGAUUCUCAGUUCAGAAGAUGAUUUUGAAAUGAUUGUUGUCCAAAUAAAGGUGCUGGCUUUUUUGUG